UAUAUAUAUAUUAUUGUAAGUUAGUUUGAUACAAUGAUACAUUCUCAAACUAAGGAAAUUAAAAUGUAGCAGCCUUCCCCAAUCUCGUCUUCCCCUCCUGUAUCUAGAUGCACUUGCCAUCUCCCCAUCUCAACCUGAUGAAGCAUGAUAGAAACUUUUCCUAAUAAUAAGUAGGGGAAAUUGCACUGUAGAUUUAUCAUGUGAACCAUUUUCCAAUAUAUAUUCUUAUAGGUAUCAAAGAACAGAAGGAACACAAACAUGGAGGAAGAUGAUUACUAUGCAUUUCUAAGCAAUAACACUUCUGAUGAAAGCUACUCAUAUAAAGAAACCUUUUUGGGAUUCAAGCGAGUUUUCCUUGUCUGCAUGUAUUUAUUUGCCUGCAUCUUUGGAGUGACAGGAAACUCUUUGGUUAUCAUAAUCUUGUUUUUUUUUUACAAAAAAGUGAAAAUGCUUACAGACAUAUUUUUAAUGAGCCUGGCUAUUGCUGACUUCAGCUUCCUUUCCUUCUGGGCUUAUUCUGCUGCAGAAGAGUGGAUCUUUUACACUCUACCAUGUCAAAUCAUCCUUGGUUUUUAUACCUUGAAUAUGUAUGGUUCCAUGUUAAUGCUCACUUCUAUAACUAUUGACAGAUAUUUUGUAAUUGUGCAAGUGACCAAAAAUCAUAUCUAUCAACACGAAAGAAAAUUCUGGGGUACUGUGGUCUGCAUUUCAAUUUGGAUAAUCUCUCUGCUGCUUGCGUUCAUCUUCAGUACAGAAGAAAAAUUAGACAAAAAGAUAUGUUUUGCAAAUUAUUCUUCGUUAAUGGAGUUGUUCACAGAAACAAUUCAGAUGACACAUGGAUUCUUCUGUCCUAUGCUCAUCAUGAUUAUAUUCUAUUCAAUCAUUGUAAAAACUUUACUUAGUGCUAAGGGCUUCCAUAAGCACAAAUCUUUACAAAUAACAUUUGCUAUUGUUGUAACUUUCAUUUUGACACAAAUGCCCCAUAACCUUUUGAAACUCAUGCAGGCCUCAGCAUAUGCUUUGAUCAUCAUAAAAGCAAUUGCUUAUUUCCAUGGUCGCCUCAACCCAGUUCUCUAUGUCUUUAUUGGUGUGAAGUUUAGAAAGAACUUAGGAACAGUUCUAAAAAAUAAUUUUUGUGUUAAUCAAAUUACAAGACAGUGGCAUACAACUGAUGAAAAUGUCUCCAAAAGUGGUACUGCCACAAGUAAUGCAGAAGAAACCAGCAUGUUUCCUUUAUAAG